AUGAGUCUCACCUCCCAGGAAGGUUUAAAGGAGAGUCUCCAACAACUUGAAUGCCAUUUUACAUGGGAGUUGCAGAAAGAGCAUAUUGAUCCCGGAGAAUUGGAGGAAAGAAUUGAUGAGCAGACUCAGUUCACUAAAUCCAAAGUUAGAGAUUACAACCUUCGUGCCUAUGUGAAAUUCCUGAACGGCAAGAAGGACGAAGCACUGGAAAACUUGCAGAAAGCUGAAGAGACGGUGCCCAUAGAAUACCCUGGAGAUGUUGAAAAGGGAAGCCUGGUUACCUGGGGCAACUAUGCCUGGCUGCACUACCACAUGGGCAAUCUUACUGAAUCCCAAGCCUACGUGGAGAAGGUAGAAAGCAUCUGCAAGCAAUUUGGAAGUGAGUCUCCUUAUAAGAUGGAGCUCCCACAGAUCGACUGUGAAAAGGGUUUUGCUCUCCUAAUAUUUGGAGCCAGAUAUUAUGAAAAGGCCAAGGAGAGCUUUGAAAAAGCCCUGGAAAAAGAACCCGAAAACCCAGAAUUUAACGCAGGCUAUGCAAUCACGGUGUACCACUUGGAAGAUAUCUUUGCCAAAAAACCUUCAGGGAAAGAGUCAUCCUUGGAAGCUUUAAAGGUUGCAGCGAAACUGAAUCCUGAUGAUGUAUUUGUUCUUCCCCUCCUUGCAAUAAAGCUUCAAGCAUCAGACAAAAGCGUAGAAGGAGAAAAAUGGAUUGAAGAAGCCCUCCAAAAACAUCCUGACGUUCCUUAUGUAUUAAGCUACGCUGGCAAAUUUUACAGAAAGAAAGGAGACGUAGAGACAUCAUUGCAACUUUUGAAAAAAGCAUUGAAAAAAGCCCCGAACACUGGAUUCUUGCACCAUCAAAUCGGCCUCUCCUACAGGGCACAGUAUUUAGUGAUGAAAAAUGAAAGCCGAUAUGAUAAGUGCCAAGAGAAGGAUAAAAUGAAGGAAUUAAAAAGAGUUUGCAUUUUUCAUCUUGAAAAAGCGGUGGAGCGUAAACCCAAUUUUUUCUUUGCUAAAAUUGACCUUGCGAAGAGGUAUGCAGAACAAGAACAGCCACAGAAAGCGGAUGAAAUGUACCAGAAGCUCUUUGCCAAAAACAACCUAUCUUCCUUAGAGAAGCAACAGCUCCAUUUUAAUUAUGGGCGUUUUCAAGAAUUUAACAGAAGGUCGCGAUCAGAAGCCAUCAAACACUACUUUGCAGCGCUGAAGAUUGAAAUUGACUCUAUAGAGAGAGAGAAAUGUAAGUGUAUAUUGAAGAAAUUGAUAAAAAAGAAAAUCAGGAAAGGUGAAGCCAAUGCUGAGAAUUUCGCCAUCCUUGGAUUUAUUUAUCGGCUGAAUGGAGAAAAGGAACAAGCAUGA